AUGGUUGCGACCCCCAAGGUCUUUGGCGGUGGCAAGUCCAAGCCGGUGCUGGAAAUCAGACCGGACUCGCCCUUCAUUGUUUUCCAGGGCGAUGCACACCACGCCGAGCCCGUCACUCUUACCGGAAAGCUAGUCCUGACCAACCAGGACUCGAUUCCCGUCCGCUCUAUCAAACUGUCUCUCAUCGGCACACGGAAAGUCUCAUGGCUCACAAAUGCCGUCAAUCCGCAGCAGAUCGUCUACAAAGAUGAAUUUCUCCGGGAGCAUGUGCAGAUCUACCCCACGGAUCUCACCGUGAAGAAGACGGUGCACCACAUGGGCCCGGGCGUCCAUGAGUGGAACUUCAAGUUCACGCUGAGGGGCUCGUUGCCCGAGAGCGUCGAGGGCCUCGCAGGAAGCUACAUUGUCUACAACCUCCACGCGACAAUGGACCGCGGCAUGAUGGCAAAAACGCUAUACGCGGACAAGCAUUUGAGGAUUAUCCGUACGCUGGCGUCGGAGAUUCUGUCCGACGCUGCCAUGGAGCAGACCAACGAAGAUGUGUGGGCCGACAAGCUGUGCUACAAGAUCACGAUCCCUCAAACGAAUUUCAUCUACGGAACGCAGGCCGUCGCGGACUUCCAGUUGAUUCCCCUGAAGAAGGGUGUUACGAUUGGAAAGAUCAAGAUGGAACUUCACGAGCACGUCGUCCUGAACGCCAUCCAGGGCGACCGAAACAUUCCGCAUUCGUGGGACGCUAUCGUUGCAAAAGAGGAGUACGACAUGCCCAACGACGCCGAGCAAAGGAUGACCGAAGAGGACGACGACCACCCAUUCGACGAAUCCUUCAAGUUCAAAUUGGCACUCCAAUUUCCCAAGUCUCUGAAAAAGUGCAGGCAAAACGUGGAAACGGACUUCAUCAGAAUAGACCACAAGAUCAAGCUCUACGUAAACCUGCACAACCCGGAGGGUCACACCAGUCAGCUUCUCGUCAAGAACAACUGUGUUCUCUUCAUUUCACCAAACCUUCCGAUUGGCGAGGACCAGCAGGUUCUGGCCGCUAUCUCGGGGUCUGCAGUUGAAGCGGCCAUGCAUGCAGAGGCUACUCAGGCUGCACCUCCGACCUACGCUGAGCACCAACUGGAUCAGAUGUACAGAGACAUUGAUCCGAGUGGAUUCAGAACCCCUGGUGGAUGGCACGGCUCUCCUAACCAGAGUGGUUACGUUACACCGUACUACGCGCAGAGCCGGAGAAACUCUGUUGAAGAUUUGCCCUCGAUGGACACUGUUACGGGCGGGAACGGCGCCUCUGCAAGUCAACUGCACUCGCGCUUGACAAGACUCAGCAUCUCGCAGAACAACAGCUAUAGUAGCCAUAUGUCGCGGAACAACAGCUAUUCGCGGCAUUCUUCCGGCACCAGCACGCCGCACAACGGCUACGAGAGCUCGGCUCCUAUUAGCCCGGCGGGGAACGAUUCGAGUAACUCCGGAAACAACAGCGGCCGCCAAUCGCACAACAGCAUGCACCGCCCGCGUGACAGUGCGAGCUACUUUCCACCCGCAGAUAGCCUUUCGUACGACAUGGAAGCUCUGGCGCGCAUUCCCAGUUACAACACGGCGCUACGCACCCCGCUGCGCACACCAGUCAGCGAGGAUCUCCCGACAUAUGCUGUAGCGACGAGCAGACCAGCAAGUCCUGUGCAUGAACCGCCACGACCUGGGCAAGUACACUUACGUGGCAGCAGGGACACGACGCCGUCUCCGACCGGUAGUCUUGCCACGCUUACAGAAGAAACGGAGAGGAAUACGGCAUUUAAUCGCGCUCUGCGCCCCGAGGCUGCCCAUGUCAGCCAUUGA